AUGCAAGUUAUAAGCUGUCUGUCCGAGGUUGACACUUUUAUUAAACGAGUGGAGGAUGAGUCACACUCCAAAUAUGUCUGUGUAUCAGUGGAUCGCGGCUUCACCAAAGAAGAUUGGCAGCCUUUACCUAAGAACAGAGUGUACUGGCAGUGGUCUGGUGGAGGAGGCUCGCCGUCCAUAGAAUUCACCGGGGUCCCAUUUAUGUUUGUUGGGGGGAAAAGACUUGGGUGCCAUCGAGGUAAAGACCGUGCUGUUGCGCAGAAAAAGAAGUACGCAGCAGAGAAAGCUAAAAAGAUGAUGGAUGACGAGACCAUUGUGAGUCAGACAUCUCUUUCACAAUAUACUAAAAAAGUUGGAUGUCCAGCUACUAUAUGCAUCAGCAAGAUUGCAAUGUUCCCUAAAUUCAGGCUUGGGGACAAUAAGGAGAGAACUCGUAAGAAAGCCUCCAAGGCCCUGAAACAAGCUUUACAGCAAGACCCUGUGGUGUGGGAGACCUGCUUCGUUCUCACGCACCACAAAGAGCACAGCGGACAUGAGAGGGAUGAAGUGAUUGUUGCAAAAAAGAAGAGAAGGAAAAGACUCAAGAAUAUUGAAACUGAAGCCACCCUACAUGAAAUGCCAUUUCACGUUGUCCCACUGCAAGUAUCAGAUUGUGAAUCAGAAUAG